AUGGAGAAGACUACGAAAGAGAACCGUACAGGGUACCCGAGUCGUGCUACAAAGAUUGCUAAUCCCAUUGGGGAUGGCCCAAAACGUGUCCCUGUGUCUCAGUAUUCUGCCCAGAGCCGGUUACUGAACAGUGGAGUUCCAGCACAACGUGUUCUGUGUCCUUCAAACUUUGCCCAGCGAGUUCCUGUGCAAUCACAAAAAUCUGCACUGUCAAACCAAAAACUGUCUAAUAACCAGACAACACAGCAGCCUCGACCAAAAUUUCUGGUCCAAGCGACUGCUAGGCCUCAAGUUCCAAGCAAGAACAAUGAAAAACCUCAACAGACUCCAGUACCUGCAAAAAAUUCUGAAGCAGAAAGCACCUCUAAACAGAAAAAUGAAGAGACUGGUAAAAAGAAAAAUGAAGAGACUAAAAAAAGGCAAUGGUCUCUUGAUGAUUUUGAAAUUGGUCGUCCUCUGGGGAAAGGAAAAUUUGGGAAUGUGUACCUGGCACGUGAAAAGCAGAGCAAAUUUAUUCUUGCACUGAAAGUACUCUUUAAAACACAACUUGAGGAAGCUGGUGUAGAACAUCAACUACGAAGAGAAGUUGAAAUACAGUCUCAUCUUAGGCACCCCAACAUUCUCAGAUUAUAUGGCUACUUCCAUGAUGUUACAAGAGUCUACCUUAUUCUAGAGUAUGCACCUCGUGGAGAAGUCUACAAAGAACUUAAGAAGCUCACCAAAUUUGAUGAGCAAAGAACUGCUACUUACAUCACAGAACUAGCAGAUGCCCUAUCAUACUGUCAUUCAAAGAGUGUGAUUCACCGAGACAUCAAGCCAGAAAACCUGCUGCUUGGCUCAAAUGGAGAAUUAAAAAUUGCUGACUUUGGAUGGUCUGUCCAUGCUCCAUCUUCUAGGAGAACAACUCUCUGUGGGACACUUGACUACCUGCCUCCUGAAAUGAUUGAAGGAAGAACACAUGAUGAAAAGGUGGAUAUUUGGAGCCUGGGAGUUCUGUGUUAUGAAUUCAAAAAACCUUUCGAAGCAGAAACAUACCAGGAAACGUACAGAGCUAUUUCCAGGGUGGAAUUCAGGUUUCCUCCAUUUGUAACAGAAGGUGCUAGGGAUUUAAUUUCAAAGCUUCUGAAGCAUAACCCAUUGUAUCGACUGCCCCUGAAGGAUGUACUACUUCAUCCCUGGAUUACAGCAAACUCUACAAAGUCACCCAACAGCAGAAAGAGUGAUGUUGCUGCCUCAUCAAAAACGCAGUCUUAGCAGGGGUAACCUCAUGGGAUCAACAAGAGGAGUCUUCAACUGUGACUACUGUAAUGCUUACGAUAGGAAAAGCAGGUCUUGGAAUCCAAUGGCAAUCAGAGUGCAAAUCAUUGGGUUGGCUGUCAUCUUAAACUCUAAUUGCAAUGUAAAACUAUUUUACUUUUAGUUGGAGGUUGUGGAAU